UACUCCUCGUGUUGUUAUGGCUCUCGGUAGUGAAGUGAAUGAUGAUAAUGCUCCUAAACAGUCUUCACAGAAAGUGAAAAAAUGUCCUGUGACUAACAAUCUUAGCGAAAAAAGUGGCGGUGAUAAUGUUAAUAAAGUUGUUAAAGCCGAGAAAGCGGGAAAGAUGAAAAAGGAUACAGAUGUGAAAAUAGUUAAUUGUAGCAAUGGACACGCCGGAACACCGAACGGCCGCUCGGAUGACGAGGGCGGCGGCGGCAGCGCCCUGCCACGUGUGUCGUACGCCGCGGCGGCACGCAAGGCGUCGUCCCCACAGGCCAACACUACGCCGCAACUACCGCCAAACGCAGAAUGCCCCAAAGGAAAGACUAACAGCGACAAAACGUUACAAACUCAAACGACUAAUAAAUUAAAUGGAGAGAAAUCUCAAUCGGAUGAUAGUGAUAACUCCAAUAAAGAUAAAUUAAUUACCAAAGAACCAAUAUUAAACGGCACUCAGAAUUCCAACAUAAAAGUUGUCAAUGGUGACCCGAAGAAUGUUUCCCAUUGUGAUAUUAGUAGUAGUAAAGUAGUUUCUAAUGGUGUUAACAGUGAUUCAGAUGAUACGAAGUCGAAUAGAUCGGACGAAAGUCAGGAUGCGGUCAUCCAACAAGAUGUACCGGCUAAGGUCGCUUUACCAAAAACUGGUAGCAAGAAAAAAGAUAAGAAGCUGUCUGAGAAAAACAAGGCAGAGGAUAAGAAGGUUUCUGUAAAGGCAGAGGAAGCUGUAAAGAGCGUUGAGGAAGAUAGCGAUAAAUCCAAAGCUGAUUCGAAAAUGGUUAACGGUGAGAAAGAGAGAGAAUCAACACCUAGUGAGGAUGCCGACGAGAAGAAACGAGAUGCCGAAGUUGUGUUCAUACAAGACUUAGGAUUCACUGUCAAGAUAGUCAGUCCCAAGGCUGAGCCAUUAGAUAUACAGGUAUCCAGCAUGGAGCUUGUCCAAGAGAUACAUCAGGUGCUCAUGGAUCGCGAAGACACUUGUCAUAGAACCUGCUUCUCCCUACAACUGGACGGUGUUACUUUAGAUAAUUUUGCGGAAUUGAAGAACAUCGAAGGCCUCAAAGAAGGCUCAGUAAUAAAGGUGGUUGAAGAGCCGUACACGAUGCGCGAGGCUCGUAUCCACGUCCGUCAUGUCCGUGAUCUUCUCAAGUCCAUAGACUACGUGGACGCAUACGCCGGUCAGGAGUGCAGCUCGCUAGCCUUCCUGAAUGUCGUCACACAGGGGGAUAUUUUAGAGAAAAAGAAAUCUCGUCCAGAGAGCGUUGACUGCACCCCUCCAGACUACAUCAUGCCCGGUAGUGUAGACCGCCCUUUAUUGCCUCUGCAUCCCGGACUCACCAAAGAAAAUAAAGCACCGCAAUGUCUCAAGGUACUGACCACGUCUGGCUGGAACCCUCCCCCCGGUCCUCGUAAGAUGUGCGGUGACCUUCUCUAUCUUCAUGUCGUCACACUAGAAGAUAGACAUUUCCACAUCACAGCCUGCGCUCGAGGCUUUUAUCUAAAUCAAUCCACCGAAGAAGUGUUCAACCCUCGUCCAUUCAACCCGUCCUUACUGUGUCAUUCCUUAAUCGAGCUUCUAAGUAUUGUGUCUCCCGCUUUCAAACGUAAUUUCGCGUUGGUGCAAAAGAGACGGAUGCAGAAACAUCCCUUCGAAAGAGUCGCCACACCAUACCAAGUGUACCAGUGGGCCUCACCGAUGCUUGAUCACACAGUCGAUGCUAUCAGAGCCGAAGAUACGUUCUCCUCCAAGCUGGGUUACGAGGAACACAUCCCGGGCCAGACCCGCGACUGGAACGAGGAGCUUCAGACGACACGCGAGCUGCCGCGAGCCACACUACCUGAGAGACUGUUGAGGGAAAGGGCCAUAUUUAAGGUGCACAGUGAUUUCGUUGCCGCUGCCACCCGCGGCGCCAUGGCGGUGGUGGAUGGUAACGUGAUGGCUAUAAACCCGGGCGAGGAGCCCAAGAUGCAGAUGUUCAUCUGGAACAACAUCUUCUUCUCACUGGGCUUCGACGUUCGCGAUCACUACAAGGACCUCGGCGGGGACGCUGCAGCUUUUGUGGCACCGCGUAACGACCUCCAAGGCGUCCGCGUAUACAGCGCUGUGGACACAGCGGGUCUGCAUACACUAGGCACUGUGGUGGUGGACUACCGCGGGUAUCGCGUCACUGCCCAGUCCAUCAUACCCGGGAUCCUGGAGAAGGAGCAGGAACAGAGCGUCGUGUACGGCAGCAUCGACUUCGGCACCACGGUCCUCUCGCACCCGAAAUAUAUGGAGCUGUUAAGCAAAGCUGGUCAACAGCUGAAGAUAAUGCCGCACUCAGUAAUAAGUGCUAACGGCGAGACGGUGGAGUUGUGCUCGAGUGUUGAGUGCAAAGGUAUUAUCGGGAACGACGGCCGCCAUUACAUCCUCGAUCUGUUACGCACUUUCCCGCCGGAUGUCAACUUCCUGCAACUGGAAGACGAUGAAUUAAGGGAGGAUAUUAAAUCUAUGGGCUUCCCAAUCAUACAUAAGCACAAAUUAUGCUGCCUCAGGCAAGAAUUAGUGGACAGUUUCGUCGAGGCGAGAUACUUUAUGUUCAUACGUUACGCUGCGUUCCACCUACAGCAGUUAAGUGCGAAGCGUCAGUGUAAAAAUGUAGAACAGAAAUCUAUAGAAGGCAAAGAUAAAGAUAGUGAUAAGAAAGAGGCUGUUAAAGAGACUGAAAAAGCAACUAAGAGAGACAAUAAAAGUCAGGAAAAGGAAGUCAAAGAAAAGAAAAAGAAAGAAGAGAAAAAAGAUAAACAAGAAAAGCUAGAUGCCAAAAAGGAUGACGUCGGUGUUGAAGAUACUGAAAAUAUUGAUGUGAAUAUAAAAGAAAAAGUAGAUGAACUCCUGCUGAGUGAAAACUACUCCGACAUCGAUACAGACGUCGCCAAAAAGAUCGUGGAGAGCAUCACAGACUCGAUUUGUAGCGGAGGGAAACAAGAAACUGAUUCAGGUGAAGGUUCGAGAGCGGUGGUGUCGUCAGCGGCGCGGGCGGUGGCGUCUCUUAAGGAGUCGGAGUUCGACGUCCGGUUCAAUCCCGACGUGUACUCGGCGGGCAUCAAACACGCGGCCGCCCCGGAGCAGCUGGCGAAACAGAGACACCUCGUAAAGGAAGCGGCGGCCUUCCUACUCACGACACAGAUACCCGCCUUUGUCCGUGAAUGUCUGGAGCACACGUCGGCGCCCAUGGACGGCGCGGGGCUGACUGAGGCGCUUCACGCCCGCGGCAUCAACGUCCGCUACCUGGGCCGCGUCACCGUCGCCCUCAAGCCGCACGCUUCGCUCUCAUACUUACACGCGAUCGCUCUGGCAGACCUGCUGCUGAGAGCCGCCAAACAUAUAUACACGCCCUACUUGCAGGGCUGUGAAGCGAUGUGUACGAGUGCAGCGGUGGCACACUUCCUGAACUGUCUGUUGGGAGCGUGUCCCAAUCCCGUGGCCAGUAUGUGCGAGGCCCCGGCCAAGGUGACUCGCUCUAGAGGAAGGAGGUCUAAGAAGAAUCACACUUCCUCCCCACCACCCACACCGGACUGGCAAAACCUCACGCCUAGGACACUAUUCACACAGAUUAAACAGGAACUUAAGUCCUACUGGGGCUACGAGUUAAACGCUGAAAACAUGGAUGUUGUCAUUGAAAAGAAUGGUCUUCAAAAAAUUUCUCUGCUCAGAUCUUUUGCACUGAAAGUUGGUCUGCAAAUGUUACUACGGGAAUACGACUUCGACAAUAAGAACAAGACCACAUUCUCCAGUUCCGAUAUAAUGAACAUUUUCCCAGUCGUUAAACAUAUUAAUCCAAGGGCCUCAGAUGCUUACAACUUCUAUACAACUGGACAAAAUAAAAUUCAAUCAGGAGCCGUGUCCGAGGGUCACGAACUGAUAGCCGAAGCUCUAAAUCUCCUCAACAACGUGUAUGGUGCUAUGCAUGGGGAAAUAGCGCAGUGUCUCCGCAUGGUCGCUAGAUUGUGCUACGUGACCGGCGAACAUAGAGACGCCAUGGCGUACCAACAAAAAGCGGUUCUGAUGUCCGAAAGAGUGAAUGGCAUCGACCAUCCGUACACCAUAACGGAAUACUCUCACCUAGCCUUGUACUGCUUCGCGAACGGUCAAGUGAGCACUGCUCUGAAACUGUUGUACCGCGCUCGGUACCUCGCCUUGUUGGUGUGCGGAGAGAAUCACCCAGAGAUGGCGUUACUGGACAGCAACAUAGCGUUAAUACUGCACGCGGUGGGCGAGUACGAGCUGUCGCUGCGGUUCGCGGAGCGCGGGCUGCGGGUGACGGCCGCCACACACGGCGCGCGCUCGCUCAAGGCGGCGGUCGCUCGGCACCUGCUGGCGCGCACGCUCUCCUGCCUCGGGGACUUCCGAGCGGCCCUGCAGCACGAGAAGGAGACCUACUCCAUAUAUAAGCAACUGCUGGGAGAAAAGCACGAGAAGACCCGCGAGUCAUCAGAGUGUCUCCGUCACCUGACGCAGCAGGCGGUCGUGGUACAGAAGCGACUGGCGGAGGCCUUCGCCCGCGGACACCACGCGCACCCCGCGCCCCUCCACAUACAACCGCCCGCGAUGUCCUCCGUCAUAGACAUGCUCAACCUCAUCAAUGGAAUACUUUUCGUACAGAUAAGUCCGCAAGACAUCGAGCAGUUCAAGGCCGAAAUAGAGAAAAGACAACUGAAGGAUUUGCCCAUCCCCGGCCUCGGCGAGGCGAGCGUUAAGGAUAUAAAGGAGGCAGAGGCGGGCGCCGCGGGGGGAGAGGGGGAAGCCGGGGGAGGGGAGAGUUGAAACUUGCGAGCAGCGGGAGGGGGGCACGCCGCCCUCGCCCGCCACACUCACCACCCACACCACCAUCACUGUACCAUUGAUGAUCGAUCAUAUUGUUCCUUGCUAACGAGGUAUGCCGUAGUGAAUAGCGUGCUAAGGUUUGAUGUAGAUUUUUUGGUUUCGUUUAGACAAAUUUUGUGGAAAUUAUUUUCGAACAAAUAUGUAUAAUUAUGUUUAGUUUGAUGUUACGCGUGCGAUACGGUGCGUUCGCGCGCUAUGUUCGGAACGCGGCUAAAGGUCCACGGACACCCAGAGUAGAGCUGUGGUUUUUAGUGAUAGCGGCAAGUUUUGGUUGUGAGCCAGAGGAAUCGCUGAUAAUACUGGUGCUACUGCCGACAUGACCUUUAUUAUAAUUAUUAUGGUUUUACUGAAUUGUUAUUGAGUAUUAUUUCUUGUUUUUUUUUUUUUAUUAUUCUCGCGGAAAUAUAUCGUUGAAAUACCCGAUGUUUUAGACAAAAAGGUUGUAUUGUGAUUGAAAUGUAACAGUGUGGAAAUGUUUGGAUAUAGUUUUGUUUUUAUAUUAUUUGUAUGCGGUACGGACGUGCGACGAGGAACGCGGCCGAUGAGAAGCACUGAAAAAAAAAUACUGCCUUAGCUAUUUUUUUCUACUUCUUCUGAUUUUAGUAUUUUUAGUGCCAUAUGUAGUUAAAGUAGGUUGUUUUAUAACUUCUGUUAGUCUGUGAUAUGAAGUGUUUGUAUUCGAGCUUGCUUCCUUGUCGUCUCAACUAAAUAUUUGCCUUUUAAAUCUGUCUCCGUUUUAUAUGAUGUAUUUAAUGUUAUUUGAAAAUAUUUAAAUACAAAUACCGCUCCAACACAAAAUAAUUGUAUGUAAUCUAAAUCGCGUCGUGUACACGUACAGUUGUUUAUAUAUAUAGUCAUAUAUUUGAUAUUUGUAAAGUUCCAUAUAACGUAUUGUGUAUGAGGACAGUAUUUAGACACUCAAUACAUUAACAGGCCGGCACAAAUUAUUUUUACACACCUAUUAUUGAAGGAUUUCAUUUUAUUGAUAUAUUUAAUAUUGAAAAUAAAUAAUUAUUAACAAAUAUUUUUUAUGAAUACAGAUAAAAAAAAUUAUACGUAUGUAUCUCGCAUUAAACGAUAACUACGUUAUAAAAUUAUUUUUCAUAAAGAUAUCAGUAACGCGUCUCUGGGUGUCCUCUAUCUAUAUAUCUGACUAUGGAUUAUAUAAAAUCUAUUAAAAUGAAAAGAUCAGUCUGUUAAUGAUUUGGGUCCUAAUGAUUACAAUUAGUGUAGUGAGAAAUUUUUAGUAGAUGUGUUUAUAGCGUACAGUAAGCCGAAAUUGUUUGUACGGGCAUUUGGAACGCGAUAACUCACUGAUAUAAAAAAAUAUAAAAAAAAAAUCAUAUCGUAUUUUUGAUGUAAGGGAAACGGCAAUAUCAGUAAACGGUGUGAAGGUUAUCUGCUUACGAUUGCCCCUUAAAUUGUAUGCUAUUUUAGUGUGUUGGUAAUGUUGGGCAGCAUUAUUCUUAAUAUUAAUUAAAUUAUAAGGAAAUUGUUUGAUGAAUUACGUGCCUAAACAUACGAUAGCUAUGUUGUUGUUACAUUUCUCUAACAAUAUGACGAUCAUGUAAAUACGGCGCUGUUCGUAGAGUACUAAUAUAAUUCGUUUUUAAUUAA